ACAGUUUUGCUUGCAAUUUUGACAACUUAUGGAAGCUGCCAUUUUGAAUUUUCCUCUUCAAAUUUUGCUCAAAAGACGUCUCUAGUUUCGCAAUUGGCGCCUAAAUUUGAAAUUAAAAAAAAAGAAGAAACGAUUAAUUUUCAUCUCUUUCUGUGCAAAUUCAUUUAAUUCAAUUCAUUCAAUUGAAGAAAUUUUCUAAAAUUAACAAAUCUAAAUUGACAUGUGAAACUGACACACAAUAUUUGUAAAUUAAUAUAUUACACAUUAAAACUAAUGACUUUAAAAAAAUAUGUUAGACGUUUUAACCAAUUUUCUGAAUUAUAAUUAAAAAAAAAAUAUGGAAGAGUGUAAUUUUGCCUUUGACAGAGAAAAAAAGCAAACUAUAGAAAAUUAUCAAGAUGGAAAUUAUCAUAUCCUGUAUCGUUGGUUGGAUAAAAUUCCAUUUUCUAAACGACCGAAAACUUUAGCUCGCGAUUUUUCCGACGGUGUUUUAAUGGCCGAAUUAUUAAAAUUACACUAUCCUCAAUUACUUGAAAUUUACAAUUGCAUACCAACAAAUAAUGUUAGUAAAAAAAAGGACAAUUGGAAUACAUUGAAUCGAAAAGUAUUCACAAAAAUUAAUUUAACAUUAAGCAACAAUACUAUUAGUCAAUUAGCGAAUUGCCAGCAUGGAACAAUUGAGAAAUUACUAUUUUCUCUGCUCGAUCAAGUUACUAAUGAUAAUUAUUCUUCACGAGUUCAUGAACCAGAAAUUGAAAUUAUCGAAAGUGUUCAUGUUGAGGACACAGAGACAGAGGAUGUAUGUCAGGAACCAGCGAAAAUUGCUUCGAAAAUUCCGAAAUUAUUGAAAAAGGAGAAAUUCUACUCAUUUUUCUCGAAAGCAUGCUCGAAAGUGGGGAAAAAUAUUUUUAAUCAUCUCAUGACUUUUUUAAUGCAGGCCUCUUGUAUUUGGCGAUGGUUCGUCAAUUUGCAGAUAAUAAAGGGAGACAUGGAGAUUGAAAAUAAGUACCUGAAUGGAAAUAAUUACUUUUACGAAACCAGAAGUGAAACACAUUUCAAUGAAGAAAUUGAAGACCCUGCGGCUCGUUGGGCUUAUGAGCAAUUAGUUGAAGAAAUUCGAGAGAAAGAGGAUAUAAUUACAACUCUAAAUCACAAGGUUGCAUAUCUCGAGGGAACGAUGAGACAGAAAGAUUUAAGAAUUGCAAAUUUGAUGAUCCAAGUCACCAAUGAAUCACUGGAAGUUCCGUCGAAUUUAAAAAAACACUCUUCCAUUUACGGAUCCAUGAAAUUGAGACCGAAAACACAUAAUUCACAAUUUACAAAUUCACACAAAAAUUGAAUUUUUUUUCCCAACAAACUAAAAUUUUUAUUAAGAAAUACUUUCUAAAGUUUUGCUAUUAGAAUAUUUUUUUAAAAUUUCUUUACAAAACUGUCUUUUUGAU